GCUUUUCGCGUCGCACGCGGCCAACUCGAGCCACUUUUGACCGUCGCUCGCGACUCCGCGCCCGACUUGUUCGCGUGUGCAAAAAAAUUAAUUUGCUUACCUCGUCUUGUCUUUUUGCAAAGCGCUCAUCGGUUUACCGUCAGUCUUGAGUGCGCGCCGCAUUUUUUUUUUCACACCGUUUCCCCGGACAUCGUCAAGCGUCCAGCGCUCGCCGGCCCGGCAAACCCGAGAAAACGAGACAAGACUGAAAACCCAAUUGGCGAGUCUGACGAGCGAAUGUCUGGGUGACAAUGCCCUGUAACUGUAAGUUUUAAGGGACUAAUGGAAGUGUUCGAGAAGUUUAAAAAAAUCGAAGAAAAAAUAUGAUCAACAGGGACAUGAUACAAUUAUUGUGGAGGAACGGCGAAUGUCGAGCGGCAUAAAGAUCAGCCAGGCCACUGCAACUGCUGUAGCAUGAUGUACGUGAUGUUGCUGAUGUUAUCCGUUUGGCCGGUUGCAGCACUGUCAGAGGGAUGCACGUUUCCGGCCCGAUGGGAAGGCGUAUGGUUUCAGUCCGGCAUCCGGCAGUCGAUUAUCGUGCAAGCUAACCGGUUCAGCAUCAAAGGCAAAUGCAUCGAAUCUGACAACGAUAAGUUUUUGCUAUCUGACGAAAAAAAGCCUUGUUACCGGUGCGUGGUCAUCCACGAAAAACAUCCUAACGUACUACAAUACAAAGAGACAUUCUGCAACGAACAAGGCAAUCUGAAAACCAUCUGUUCGCUGAUCACCGGCGAUGCGCUACUCUACUCGAUGUUUCGCGAGUCCGGCAACCCCAUGGCCUGCCCGUUCAAACCCCCCUACACGUUCACCUACAACCGGGGUCACGGCGACUGCAAAAACCCAGUGUCUACCGUGGACGCUUGUACGCAGGACUCCAGGCUGUUGUUCAGGUACCAAGCGUGCCCGGACGUCGAAGGAUCGGAGAGCACACUCGAAGAAGUCGAGUGCAUUGCCGGAUGGAAAGAAGGCUCCUACAGGUUCUUGGUGGGCAGGGUUCACCACAGCAACGGUAUUCCUAUGUCGACCGAGGACCGCUUCAGGUGUUUCAUAUACGAACGAACGACCACCCAAAGGCAGCUCAAAGGCCCCGGCGAAAUCGAAUACAAAGUAGCUCAGUCGGGAGACGCCACGUGUAGUGGUCUGUUCAGCCCGUUAGAAGGGUCAAGGACUAUGAUACUAAAAAAAGAAACUUGGGAGCCUAAAUGUAGUUUUCCGUCGUGGCUGACGGGUAACCAGAGGUGGAGGACGUUGGACCACGGUAAGACGUUCACGUUUCCGCACCAUCACAACAACAGCACCUUGAAGCUGGUGACCAACUUGUUUGACCUCUCGUCAACCACUCAAAUGGUGCAGACCGCCAACCAAUUCGCCUACAAUCAACCGCUGGUGGCGCCGAUGCCUGGCCACGAGAUGAAGUUGUCGUGCCAACAGGAAGUCCACGUGGCCACGAACCGCUUCAGAGUCAUGGCGCACUACGUCACCGGAUGUCAGAGCGGAUACAUUUGCCUGGAUUUCCAAGGGAGGUCCGGCGACUUGGCACAGCUCCAAAUAGGUCGACCGAGUAGAAGGCCCGAAGACGCGUGCAGUUCACCGAACUUUGAUCCGCACACAAUUGAUUCAAUUACGUUAGUGGCGCUGAAAUCGGAUUACCGAAAUUGUCCUUUCAGAGGAAUUUACACGAUUGAGAAUAUCGGCAAAAAUAUCGCACGGAACGAUGCGUUAUCGCCAAACAAGAAAAAUCUCAACUUACCGAUAGAUUUGUUAACUUCUGACAAUCAUCCGACGGCGGUCGUGCUGACGACCACCUCCUCGCCGGCGCCGAAACGCCAUUCCGCCGAGUACUACGAGAAGUCGUCGGAUGACUGGAGCGUGACUUACAAAAAGUUGCAACCGGACUUGCCGAGCAUGGUCAGGUCCAACCGGAAGAACUCGAGCAAGGAGUUCGGACGGCUUAGCGAGUACGACGACGAGGAGGGCGAGGUGGUUUUGCGCAGGGUAAGGAGAAAAGGUCGGCAAAACUCCAACAACAACCACAACAAGGCGGUUGAAGAGAAGUGUUCGUUGAACUUGACUUCAAUAACUUUUUCCUGUGGAUCGUCCGACGCUCUGGAGUUGCGCGCGGAAUGCCCAAAAGCGUUUCACAUAAAAUCAACUUAUAAAUGUCACGGCAGCUGGAAGGACAACAAUACGGUACAUCAAAUAAUCGGUAGCGAUUUGCCAACAGCGGCUGGUUGGAGGAAAUUGUACUGCGUGUCCUACAUCAAACGACCGCCGGACAAGGUGCAAGUUUACAUUCACUCUGACAAUUGCAAGUCCAACGGCGAGAACCUGACCGAACAGACGGGACUGGUGUUGUCGUUUGACAUUUCACUGUCGCCCGCAGGCCAAAAGCCGUGCAGUGAGGUCAACCGUUCGAAGUCGAUACGAGCCACUGCCUUGACGGUGAUAACAGCUGUCGGUAUUCUAUUUAGCUUGCAACAGCUACUACUGUUGCCGGUCGGUAGAUGAUUCAAGAGAUUUCGCGAAAAACGCACAUUAUCGUAACGAUUUCCAGUUAAUUCAUCAUAUUAUUGUAAUUAAAAAAAAAAAAAAAAAUACCACUAAAAAAAAUCGUGUUUUCAUCAUCGUAUAAAGCCAUGAUAGAUAAUUCGACAACGCGACCGCACACAUUCGAGGUUAGGGCAAUCUUGUUUGUUUACUGAGGUCUGAGACAAUGUUUCACAAUACUCGUAUAGAGACGAACGAACGAACGCCCGGUGCCUGGUGUAUUUGUAAAAUGAUAAUAUUUUGUAAACGCCAGAGCGUGUCUGCGUUUUCCAUAAGACUGAUAGCCAUUAUUGAUUGUAUAGGUAAAAUAAUAAUUAUUUGUAAUAUUAUGAAUUCUUCGCCGAAUCGCAACGAGAGUUCCAUCACUUUUCGUUCCGUAUACGAGUACAGUGAAUCCAUUGUCUAAGAGAAAACAGUUUGUUUGAGAAAACCGAAAAAUCCAAACGAAUCGUGAGGGUGGAAGAAGAGAUUAAUAUCUGUACAGUUUGCUAAAGAGUAUUGGAAUAUUUUCAAAGAAGACAUCUUUUUCUAUUUGUUUUGUAUUUACAUUUUUUUUUUUUUUUUUUACAAAAUUCUACUGCUAUAUAGGGUCACGCAUAAAAAUAGUAAAAACGUGCAAACUAUUAAUUUUUUAAUGAAAUAUGGUCGAUAACAUUUUAACUAGUAAUGUUUUCAACUUAUUUUUUUUAUAUAUGUAUACAAACCUACAUUAAACAAAACGUGUAAUCAAAAUGCGGGCAAUAAAUUAUUUUUGUAAAUAUUAUAAUUAAAACACUAGUGAUAAUUUUAUAAUAUUUUAAGAAGUAUCUUGAAUGUCUAUCCUAGAAACAUCAUUGAAAAAUAGCAAUAAAUUCGUUUAGGUCAUUUUUCUACUCGUAUACUAAUGAUUAUAUACUCACUUCUAAUUUAUAGUAAUUAAUGUUAACUUAUGUACCUACUUAAUGUUCUGCAAAGAGCUUGUAUUAGAGACAUACAAGAUUUUAAAUAGCCGCCAAAAGUAUAUUAGUAUAUUAGUCGACAAACAAAAUAACAUUUCAGGCACAGACCGGUUGGGGCUUCUACUUUGGUGUUUGUCUGUAUUUAAUUAAAUUUAACAGGAGAGUAUGAAAACGGCAUUAACCCCAUUAGAAAAAAAAAUGAUUUACUAGUUUUUCUUGGAUUACCAUUCUAUUAUUUCUAGAUAGGCGCCUGAUCAGUUUCAAAUUUCAUAAUUAGAAUAAUAUCCUAACGAGUAAUACAAGUUACAAUAUUGAAAGCAAUAAACACAAAAUUACAUACAAGACUUUUUGUUUGGAAUUAUUUCUAAAGUUUGCAAACCUAGCAAGGCAUAGACUGAGGUAUACUGUAAAUGUUGAUUGUAUUUUGUCGAGCCAAUAACCAAAUAAACGGCCGUAUUAGAGAACAAACGCGAUAUAGUAAUUAUUAUUCUUCUAUAACGUUUAUUUUUUCUUUAUAUCCAAAAAUUUGUACAUUUUUUUGGUUUUUUCAUUCGUAUGUGCUCUCCAUUCGUAUAUGCAAAAAUAUUACAUUUUAAUUAUAUGAUAAACUAUAUUGUUAUACAGAUUUUGACCAAAACAAAAAACAAACAAACUUACAUAAUAUAUUUAAUCAUAAAGCGUUAUGACAUAUACAAAACCUUAUACAAUAUACAUAUACAAAUAUGUAUAGGCAUUGAAAUGCGGCGGAUAUGCUUGUAUUUUUUUUUUUUUUUAAGCCCGAAGGGAAAAUCGAUUGAUUGUGAUAAUAGUGUUAUGGUGAAUAUUAAUUGUAUUGAUUAAGAAUGAUUUUUUUUUUUUUUAAAGCUAGUCAACAACUGAAUGUAAUCGAAUUGUACAAAUUGCGCAAUGAACUAUUGUGAUGUUCUAUUAUGUAUUUUUUUUCAUUUUUUUUUUUGAAACGAAAAAGCAAUUUAUUUUAGGGUUUAUUUUUACGAAAAAAAAUUUGUUAGACCGUAUAUUAUAUUAUUAUAUGAUUAUAUAGAUUACGUAAUUAGACGAUAAGGAAAAACGACGUACAAUUUAGACUUAGUCUAAUGUAAUAUUAUAUAAGUGUAUUAAUACUGUUGAAUAUUAUUUAUUAUUUUUGUUCGUAUUUUAUUUUAUACUAUACAUAGCAGUUUGAAAUUUAGGUGCCUUGGUAGUUAAUAUCAGUUAGAUCGUAUUGUUAGUAUUUUUCUUUUCUUAUCUAUUUGAGAGUACAAAAUAACAAAUAAUUUCAUACCUAACUCACGCACAGUUUCCGCUAUAAUAUGUAUUAAAUUGAUGAUAUAAUAUAAGUCUAAAUACCUUUAGACUGAUCGCUUGGCGUACCUAUAACUACGCAAAACUACCGACUAAACAUUCUACACAGCUGAGUAUCCCGAGAGAACGAUCCGAAUCCCAAGUGCACGGUGUCUUUCAUUGAGAUAAAAAACUUGAAAAAAAUGCAAAAUCAAAUUGAUGUAAUAGGGAUUAGGGUACGUUCUUUCGGGAUACUGUCUUAAAAUAGUUUCAUCACUUCCACGUCACGUUCAAUAUCUUCUUGUCAACAACCUUUUGUAUGUUAUUAUAGUUAUUUUUUUUUUACACUCAAAUUAUAAAUGAUACCUACUCUUGGCGUUAUAAAAACGUUUUUGAGGUUUAGAGCCAUAUUAUAAUUUUUUUUUAAUAACACGUAUAUUUGACGCAUUACAAAUUAAUUAACAAUAGAAAAGUAAGAAAAAAAAUAUUAACGACGGUGCAAAACGCAGCUGAAUUAAACUAUUGCAAACUUAUCUAACAAAAUAUAUUUUAAAUAGUUUAAUAACAAAAAUUAGUCACAUUUAAGAACAGUUUGUUAACUAUUAUGUAUAUUUAUUUUAUUUUUGUCGUUGUUAAUGGUAGGAGUUUUUUCAUUUUUUAUGUAAAAAACAUAAAGUGUUUAUCUACCGGAUAUUACGAUUGGAAAGUAGUUUAUUAUGUAUAAUUAUUAUUAUU